UGUCAUUUUUGUAUGAAGUCCAAGUGUGUGUGUCUGAGAGAGAGAAAGAACAAGAAAGCGAGAGAAAGGAACUAUUAUUAGUCUUUGCGUCUCUGUCUUUGGUCUUUCCGUUUACUUCCUUAUUCCCCCCCCCACCUUAUACGCUCCAAUAUGCUAAAUAAGUAAGUAGCUAUUUUCAUCACUUUCCUCAAUCAUCAUUCUAAUCAAGCAGCUUUCAUCCUUUUCCCAUUAAUUUUCUCUUGCUUGUGGCAGGUUGCUAAAGCAGCUUCACAUUGUUUUGCUCAGCUUUUGAUGGAAGCUUGAGAUUGAAAUAGGCAGAAGGUCAUUAUUCAGAAGAUGGGUGGCCUUUGUUCUAGAAGAGCUACCGCUGAUAGCACAACAGAUGGUGGAAUUCUACAUUUGAAUGGUCAUCUUACUUAUUGUGCUGGAAUAUUUUAUCAGUUGCAUGGAUUGUCCAAACAACCAAAUUGUGAUCCUACGCAAUCCCCUGCUGGGGAAAGCGCCGAUAAGCAACUAAGUGAACCAGUGUUAUCUUUUCCGGAGGUGAAUGUGAUUUCUCGUGGGGUUCCUAUGGAUGAUGUUGAUGAUGGAAUUCCAAGAUUGUCCAGGGCUUUAUCUAACAAAUCCAGAUCAACAAGGUCAAAGCAAGUUGCAAUUGCAAAGGUUUCGGAGGUGAGUUCACUGUUGGGAAGAGCUGGUACAGCGGGGUUCGGCAAGGCUGUCGAUGUGUUGGACACACUGGGUAGCAGCAUGACAAAUUUAAACCUAAGUAGUGGUUUUGCAUCAAGCAUGGCAACCAAGGGAAAUAAAAUUUCAAUUUUGGCAUUUGAAGUUGCAAACACCAUUGUCAAGGGUGCCAAUCUUAUGCAUUCUCUUUCAAAAGAGAAUGUGCAACAUUUGAAGAAGGUGGUGCUUCCUUCAGAAGGUGUGCAGCUCUUGAUAACAAAGGAUACGGAUGAACUCUUGAGAAUCGCUGCAGCAGACAAGAGGGAUGAACUGAAAAUAUUCUCCGGUGAAGUGGUUCGUUUUGGAAAUCGCUGUAAAGAUCCUCAAUGGCACAACUUGGAACGUUACUUUGAAAAGCUGGAAUCUGAACUGACACCUCAUAAGAACUUGAAAGAAGAAGCAGAGGCUGUAAUGAUGCAGUUGAUGAUCUUGGUUCAGUAUACAGCUGAACUGUACCAUGAAUUCCAUGCAUUGGACAGAUUUGAACAAGAUUAUCGGCGUAAAGCUCAAGAAGAGGAUACUUCAAAUGCUACUCAGAGAGGAGAUAGCCUUGCAAUUUUAAGAGCAGAGUUGAAAAGUCAAAGGAAACAUGUCAAAAGUUUGAAAAAGAAAUCUCUCUGGUCCAAGAUAUUGGAAGAGGUGACGGAGAAGCUUGUGGACAUUAUGCAUUUCCUUCAUUUGGAGAUCCAUGCUGCAUUUGGCUGUGCUGAUGAAGAGAGACCUACGAAAAACACCCACCAGAGGUUGGGAUCUGCUGGUCUUGCAUUGCAUUAUGCGAAUAUCAUCACUCAGAUUGAUACACUUGUUACUCGAUCAGGUUCAGUGCCCCCAAAUACAAGAGAUGCUCUAUACCAUGGGUUGCCACCAAGCAUAAAGUCAGCUUUACGUUUCAAAUUACUGUCAUUCUCACUCAAGGAAGAGUUGACAGUGCCACAAAUCAAAGGUGAAAUGGAGAAAACAUUGCAGUGGCUUGUACCCAUGGCAGCCAAUACUACCAAAGUCCAUCAUGGCUUCGGAUGGGUUGGCGAAUGGGCAAAUACAGGGUCCGAUAUAAAACCUGCUAGCCAGGUUGAUCUUCUUCGGAUUGAGACACUGUAUCAUGCAGAUAAGGAGAGAACAGAAGCAUACAUUCUCGAAUUAGUGGUGUGGCUCCAUUAUCUUGUGAGUCAGUCAAGAAGUGCUGCUAAUGGUGGAGUAAGAUCUCCGGUAAAAUCUCCAAUCCAUUCCCCUAAUCAAAAGACGAUUCAGUUGUCUAGCCACAAACCAAGCUCUCCAUCAUCCCCGUUAACGGUUGAAGACCGAGAAAUGCUUCGUGAUGUAAGCAAGAGAAAACUAACUCCAGGGAUUAGCAAGUCUCAAGAAUUUGCAGACACAGGGUUGAGCAAGUACCACAGGCUGAGUAAGAGCAGUAGCCAUUCACCUAUAAAUGAAACCAGAAAGAACCCUUUCCCUAUAAGGAGACCGUCUUCUGUUCCAGUGUUUGACUUUGACAUUGACCGGAUGAAAGCUUUGGAUGUUAUCGACAGAGUGGACACAAUUAGAGGUGCAUAAUGGUUACGAUAUUCAGCUGCAUUGCCAAGUCAGUAUAUCAUGUGCAUAGUGGUAUGGUUAUUUACUGCAUUUGGUUAUUUACUGCAUUUUCAAGCCUGAAUAGUGCUCUUUUAGUUUGGCUGAGGCCUAAUGCAUCAACAGAUCAUCUUCAUGUGUCCUGGUUGUGUUUGGGAGCUGAAUUAUCUCUAACACGUAGCAGAUCAGAUAUCUGUUGCCAUGCAAUAUUUCCAGUAAGUUCAGGGUUCAGCGAUGAGUCGUAGUGAUUUUCUCUCUUUUUUGUUUUCUUGGAAAAAAGGGGUUUGGGACCGGAACAGCCAUGUUGGGUAGGUGGAUGGGACAAGGAGAUAGAGUAGAAUCCCUUUUUUUUUUUUUUUUUUUUUUUUUGGUGGAGAAAUGUGUAUUAGAGGAUCUAUUAUCUUAUGUACAGAAUGAUUUAAAUAAUUAAAAGUUACUCCCUUUGUCCCAAAAA